UGUUGAGUUUUUGUGAAAAUGAAAGGUGUACAUGUCUUUAUGUGAAUUCAGAAAUAAUAAUGAUAAUAGUAAUAAUGAAUUUUCUAAAUAAUAGAAAUUUAUUAAUAAUCAAGUAUGUGAAUAAAGAGACGAAUUGUGACCUGGUGACUGCAUUUUCUUGAUGCUUAAUAUUAGAUAGUCGUUGUUACUGAAAUACGGUGCCUUGAGAUGGUGUACUUGACUACAAUCCUUCCUUUUUCCUGUGCAAAUUACCGUCAGCGUUCUUUAAGCUUAAAUCAGGAUUUAUUCAAGAAUUGUGGACGAAAUGAAACCAGGGAGUUUUGGUCAUAUAACGCUAUUAAAAUGGCUUUGCGCACAUAAAUUACAGAUGUCAUUAGAAAUGAAAUUUUGAACGAGACACGCAGCGACGGGUCGACAUCCGAUGGAAAUGAUUUUUGAAUUAUUCUCACUUGAUCCUCCUUAUUGGUCUCUCGAUCUUUAAAAUGGGUGCCACACAAGAGUAAGAGAAUGUUUAAUCUAGCUUUCCACUCUUUCAUUUGUGUUUCAAGCACCAAAUCGUUUUUGCCGGAUUGAAGUUUCUUUGAAGUUUUUUUUCCCAGAGGCGACUUUACACAGGCUACCCAGGUGGCGUUCUGCGGCCGAGAGAGUCUGGAAACGUACGUUUCAAAAUGGCGGCGAUCGCUGGCGAUUAUUUUUACUGGCAUUUACAACUCAUUUUAGAACUUAAGAAUCAUUUUUUUCCCUGAAAUUUUAACCGUUUAAUUGAAAAUGGUGGCAGGAAAUUCUUUCCUUGUGUUCGUUUUCAACGUUUUGUUCUCUUUCCACAACGCUUUUGGCAGAGACAUGUGGCGGUAAGUCGUUUCAUUUGUCCAACGAUAUAAAAAGUGGACCAGGACGUUUGAUCGAUUUGUUGUUAAAGGGAAUCUGCGUAUAAAAGUAUAUGCUGCAUCAUUUUACUUAAAGAUACAGGAGUCAAGAAGGCUACGGAACAUUGUUUUCUACACAAAAUUCCGUAAGUUUUGCAUUUCGGUCAACUUACAGUCAAUUUGAAGUUGUCGUUUAAUUAACUAACUAUAAAUACAGUUGAGCUUGUUUAUUGGUAUUUAUAAACUAUUGCACGCAACCUUGUCUUGUUGUAAAACCACCCAUCAACUGCACCGUCAAAAUUACCCCAAGUCUUUAUUUUCCACUGUGAUUUGCAGAGCUGUCAACUCUUUCCAGACAAUCCAGGAGACUCCAGAUUUUGGACAGUAUCUCCCAGUCUCCAAAUUAGAGUAUGACAUCUCGCAGAUAAUUGCUGAAGUUUGCCAUUUCUUCGACGUCUGGCAUUAAAAUUUCAACUAUUUUGCAUAAUUUGUUUGAGUUAUUGUAAUGUUAACAUCAAAGGUUUACUCACUAGCUCCAGUAUGCCAUUGUAACUGGUGUCAUGUGAUUGGUGGGAAGUACACCAAUCAGGUCAAAUGUUACAAUGACAACAACAUCUUUUUUGCACUUUUUAUGUCAUCGCAAAUUUGUGACGAUCGGAGUCAAUGGGUAUUUUUUACACGAAUGACAUCAUGUGCCAUGCAAAAUGACACCAUCUAUCAUCUCUUCCCUAUCAGUUCUCAAUACUUGAAGACGUGGGGGGUUGACAGCCCAGUCUUUGAGCUGGUGGUAAGCUAACUUUUGGUAGCCAAAAUAUGCUGGUAGUUACAUCCUUGUGAAAUAUACUGUGGAAAUAAUUUUGAUCUAUCCUAAUCUAUAUGUGUCUUAAACUCAUAUUGACUUCUUGCUAGCAUCGUUCAUAAAAAAAGACCUUGACCUUCAACCGUUACCUCUUGUAGGGUAUCUUGUGUUGUAAAAUGUUGAAGUGACAGCACUUUUAGUGACACCUGUACACAUGCGAUUUAAACCGUCUAUGUCUAUGAGUGAUCUAAUGAAACUAACAAGAAUGUCUUGUGUUAGUCCAACUAACAAGUUUAUAACAUCUGACCAUGUCUUCACAGAUAGUUUUGGAGCAUUUAUUGGUGAAUGAGACUGUGGAGUGGUGUUAUCCAAAUGUCUGUUCUCUAAAGAAUAAGAGGCAAGUUUAUCAUCAAAUUUUCAGUCUUGUAUAAAGUGCCUUGUAGUGUGAUUUGACUUGGUAUUUCUCUUUUCUCAUAGCUUCACCAGUGCGAUCUUACAUUGUCCAAAGCCAGGAUUUCACCCUGUUGCUUCCAUCAGGAAUGACUCAGAUGUCCAGGUUGGUGUUGAGUGGUAUUUUUUGUCUUAAAGUGUCACAAGUUUUAAAGAUUAUCCCUAAAGACAGCAGAAAAACUUGCUGAAAGAUGUUUCAUUGAUGACUUUUGUUUCUCCUCAUUCAGUGAAUCUCUUUGAGACUCAUUUUCGUAAAAGUCUCAUCAAAGUUGUUUUCCAAAACAGAGAACUCCAGAGUGGUUCCAUCAACUUAGUUUUUGAUCAUGAUUCAACUUUCUAAUCAAAACUACUUUUUGUAUAAGCACUGUCAAAAUUUAUCAUUUUAAUUUAAAAUUCCAGGAAGGCCUAUAUGUCCUUUAUAAAAUUUUUUGUUCCAUUUGAGUCAGUAAACUCUCUGUUUGUUGUUCUUUCAGAAUGUAAGGUACAUCCAAGUUGUCCACAGCCCAUUUUACCAUGAAUGGUACCUUGCUUAUGACCAGGAACUGAGAAAGUAAGCUAUCUGACAGCCAUUUUUGAGAGAAAGUAUAGUAAUUAACACCUUUUAAAAUGGUCGAGUCCCUGAGUAACUUGCUCUUAAGGUUACACUUUGUUUUUGACUAUCCCUUUCGUAUUUCAAUUAACUUUAAUUACCACUUACAAUAGCAACUACGCUAAGUUGUGUAUUUAAGUGCUCACUGCAAAUGCCAGACUUGCCAACCCCCAAAAGGCAAAAAAAUGUGAGACUCUGAAUGUAGAGCUUGGAAAAGUAGUGAGAAAUGGGCAAAACAUUGUGAGGUUUUUGGGAAGUCACAUAUCACUUAAAAGCUGCAGCAGUAAACAUCUCGAUCAAUUUUACAAUUUAGGUUUUGUAAUUUGUAUGUUUUGUUGGUGGCCAUCUUGAAACAAGAGAAAAAACUUAGUCUGCACGUACAUUUGGUGGCAGUGGCAAGUCGCAAUGUAGUUGUAAGAUUAAAAAGUUGGUACAGAUGUUAUGAUAUAUAGUGAUAGCACUCUGUUUUACCAUAGGACACAUUCACAUGUGAUGUUUUCAGUUCAAAGCCAUGUAUGUACUGGGCUUUGAAGGGUUUAGUAUAUGAUUUUUAAUUAGUGAAUAGCUGGCUUAAAUUUCAACCACCUCUUGCACUUCCUGAGUGACUCAGCAAGUAGGGGAGGCGGCUGAAAUUCAGGCUAGUGAAGAGCACUCAGAGUAGCAUUGUCAGUGACAUUUAUGUGUACAAUUUACCAGUCAAAGUCUUGAGGAAUUCAGGUUGUGGAUUAUGGAUCCAAAGCAUGUGUCAGAAUCUGAAAGGAACAGGACUGCUUCUGUCCCAUCUCAGGUAGGUUUUCUAUCAGAUCAAUUAAUGUAUUUUAAUUGUAAAAAUCUGUCACACUGUCUGAAUCAACCUAUGAAAAGGUGGAUGGUAAAAUUUAGAUCCAGUGAAAACAAAUAAAAUCUACAAUAAGCUUCUCCUGAAUCACCAUGUGCCUGCUGUGGAUCCCAUGCUAAGAAAUAUAACCAAAGUGGUUUCAGCAAGGGGCGGUUUACAAUUUCCCACAUACUAUCUCUGUGCCAUGUAAUAGAGGAAAUGAGGAGGCUGAAUAAGGAGUUCACAAUCUGCUUUGUAGACUUUUAGCUAAGGUGAUGAAAUCCCUUUGUAUCUGAAAAGUGAACCCUCUGGGAUGCUCUUUGCUAUUCGCGGCUCAUAGUUUGUUCACAUAUUUUUGUUUUUGUUUUGCAGUUUUCAAAAGAACUGACUGAUGUUUUUGUUCAAAUGGGACAAAGCCCGGUUUUAAAAGUGAAAGUGGGCCACAGAUUUGUUAGCUGGGAUGAGUGGAAGAUCUUCAAUAAAUCCUAUAUCACAAAUGAAGGGUGAGAGACCACACAGGACAUUUCACAUUAAUAAAUUAUAGACUACAAUCAUCAAUAUUGUUUUAUCCUAUUUUUUGCCACCACACCAACUUAUGGCAAUGUCAUGUGUUAGUUUGAAUACCAAAUUCGUGGAUGGAAUCCUAGUGGUACCUUUUGAAUGAAACUUUCCUUGGCAGACCCUUUGAAUAGGGCUGUUUAUUUUGUUAGGAGUUUAGGAAAAAUAAAUAUGAACUUUCUUGCAGUUUUUCUUUGGCCACCUUUAAUAGUAACUAAGUUUAAUUUGUUUAGAAUUGUGUGCUUUUCAGUUGUCGAUCUGUCAACACAGCUUUACAUGGCCACGCUCUCUCCUUCCUGGGUGGUAACAAUUUGGAAGGCUUUCUGAAUCUUGUUGUUGGCAGUAAAUAACUGCUCAAAGGGCUUGAAUUGUUUUGCCUCUCCCUUCCCUCUCAGUCCUGGAUAUGCUGCUGUGGUCUUAGGCCCCGUGCAAACGGCCACAACCUUGUUGGAUGUUUGAACACCCUGUUGCAUGUUGUUCUGUGUUGUUGGGAGUUGUUGCACAAAGUUUGAAACUGGUCAGACUUUUAGUUAUCUGCAAAUGUUGGGAGUUGUUGGCCAACAUUUUUGUGUCUGUUUGCACCGGGCUUUAAACUUGCUCCAAAUCUUGAUUUGUCAUCUUUGCAUUAGUUUUGAGUUUUUUAGAUACAACAAAUGAUCCUGUCCUGAUUGUUCUGAUUCGAAGAUUUUCUUUAAAUAGCUCUGCAUGUCAUGUUGAUAUUUUAUAGGAAUACUUCCAGUAAACAUAGAGUUGAUAUAAUUUAGCACUUAGCCUUGAUACUGCCUUUUGUGGUGAAAAGGGGAGCAUAAAACAUUGAAUUUAAGAGAUCAGAAAAACAUUGAACUUGAAAAAAAAAGCCAUAUACUCACAAGCAAUGAAGUGCAUAAAAAGUAAAAUAAAAUAUAUAAAAUAAAAUAAAUAAAUAAAAAAGAAAUGUAGUGCACUUCCAUGCUUAUCAUUCUUGCAGUGGAAUUCAUGCCGUUUUUUCUAAAGUAUUGACUUCAUGGAUGAUGGGUAAGGUAUGAUGUGCAUCUGUCCAUAUUGUGUGAUAGUGGUUUCUAUCUAUAGAUCACUUGACCUCCUUCUUUCUUUCCCCUAGCUACUGGCAAUUUUCUGUUACCAGCAUACCCAAUCACCAGCUGACUGUGUGGAUAGAUGGGCAAUCAGUUGCUCUCCACGAUCAGUUUAUCAGGUGUGAGCAUGCAACAUUUUGGUACGAGUUCAAUUCAUUUGAUUUACUGGUUAAUAAAAAUUUUUCGCUUGCCAGAAGUAGUGUAUAAGUUAUUUGUUUUGUUUUUCAGGAAAAGCUCAUUUCACUUAUUGAAAAUAAAGUUUCCUUACUUGUUUACCAAUCAACCAGAGCAGGUACAGAUACUGUGUUAAAAACCCUGCUAAAGUAUUUUAUUUACUCUAUUUUGUUGUGUUAGCUGACUGAGGUUUGAUGUUGCGUCCUUUUAUACUAGAACUUCGUUACAUUCUCUUGAACAUCCCUUCAAACAGGAAAUGAGUGGGCCAGGAAGAUGUUUUUGUGCCUUUCAUAUUAUAUUCCACUUAACUCAUGAAUUUAACCCUUUAAGCCCCAGUAUCCCAAUACAAACUCUCCAGACUGAUCUCCAUACAUUUCCUGCAAGAAUUAGUUUAGAGAAUUUGAUAGCAGAUCAAAGCUUUUUCCAUCAGGUGAUUAUUUUAUUGAUUCUCACAACAUUUUCCUUUGAUUAUGUAUUGAUUUUGUUUGGAGAAAACUGACUUUGGUCAUUCUUGGGACUUAAAGGGUUAAAUUAUAAUACUCAUGACUCUGUCAUUAACCCAUUCUUCCCUGAACCUUCCAGCAAAAACCCCAGAGCAAAUGGGUUAAGGGCUGUGUACCCUGCUAAGCCAUAAUGUGGUUGAGCAUAAAUGUAUUAAUGGUAGGCAUCAGUUAACCCAAAAAGAGAUUGCAUAUCAAGGAUAUUAAAAUGUUGUGCAAGGAACAUGCAGCCCUAAAUUAUGCCAAUGAGAUUAUCCUUUUAGUGUAAGUAAAAGCUGUUAUCACAACACUUAUUUUUCAGGUGGUGUUGAAAGGUACUUAUCCAAAACGGAGUGCAAUUUUUCAGGUAUAAGAAUUAAAUUAUUGAUUUAGUUUCCUUAAAAUGGAAUAUUUUUUGACAUAAAAUACAAUGCCUUUUGUAACAGGUAACCCUGUUAACAGCUGUCAUUUUCAACGUUGUCUUCUUUCAUGGAAUAUAAUACCAAGAUGUCAGCAAUUUCUGUUUGACUUAAUGAUUUUUAACAAACAUUUUGAAGAGAUGAACAAAUUAAGCCGAGCCACUGACCUUUGUUGUCUACAAGUUUGACUGAAUCAUAUGUACCCAACUUGGACCAAGGAGCAAGCAUAGCAGUUAGUGUGUGGCCUUUGGUGGGAGAGGUCCCAAUUUAGAUCCCCAGUGACAUCACAUCCUUGUUUCAAUUUCUCUCCAUUCUGUGUAGCUUUAACUAGCUUUUAAAUACCCAUAAAAUGGAGCAUUGAUGGAGAGAGGGGUAAAAUGAGCACAUCACUGAUCCAAAGUUUAUCAGUUGAAUUACUGUCACGAGUUUAAUUGACAAAAUAUGGUUGCAUUUCCUUAAUUUUUAUUGCAUUUACUGUUGAGUUUCUGGUGCAAAUUUGACUUGCAAAAUUGCCUUUCUCUGAUAGGAUCCUUGUGCUUCCCAUGUUGCAGUUCUCAUAAGGUAGCUAUUAUGCUGCUUUUCAUUGAUGUCUAGCAUGGUACAUGGUUAAUCAAAUAUAUUGGUAUAAGAUAAUGUGUUUAUGCUAGUUGAGGCCGGGGUACCUCACAACUAAACAUAUCAAAGGAUGAUCCCAAAUUUUAAGGUAAAUGAAAGGCUUGUACUAUAUGUUGAAGCAUAAAAACAAAAAGUGAGUUUUGAAAAACUGUGCUAUGCUGUUGAUUUUGUUUUACAUUAAACUAAUUAAAGUACCGCAAAAUUAAUAUUUAUAGCCUCUUUCAGAACUUUGAUUAUUAACAAUAUGAUCUUGUACAUACUUUUUGCCAAGUAAAUUUCAAUGUUCUUUUUAGCUCAAUCUGUGUGUUAACUCAAGACAAUUUUGAAAGUGCUCAACAGCUGAAAAUGUCCUCAAACUUGCUUAUGGUAAGCAUUUAUAAAAGAUCUGAAUUGAUUAAAUUUACUUUAUAAAAGGUUGUCAAUCUGUAUAAUGUUUGAACUCCAUAUUGCUGAAAUUACAUGACAUUAACUUAGAGAUAUCAUCUAGCUGACUUGUAGGUCUGGGGAAUAGAAUUCCCCACCCUCCCUCCCAGAGUUGAAUGUGCAGGUGCUGGUACAUUUAAGGGUGCUUUCCAUUGGGAUGAUCUGGAUCAGGAUCAGUGAUCUAAGAUCACCCAGAUCAUUUUACAUCAAAUGAGCCAAUGAAUCUUUUGCCAAGGUAGGGUGGAUUCAUCAUGCCAGUUUUUUUAAUGUACCAUCUGAUACAAGAUCAUUCAAUGGAAUGCACCCUAAAGGUGUUAGGAUCAGGAUUCACGGGGUUCAAGUUGCAGAACCUUUAGUCACACCCACACACCUGUAAAUGAAACACUCUGAAAUAUUUUCCUGGGCCCAGUUGUUCAAACAUUGGAUAGCGCUAUCCACUGGAUCCAUCCUACGGGAUUAGGGAAAAACCAUCCAGUGGAAAGAGAUUUAUCCAGGUGACCUUUUUCAAACUGGGGUAGUUUGUUCAAAUGUUGGAAACUCAAUGGAUAAAUCAAUCCAGUGGGUAAGUAUCCAUUGGAAAGAGAUUUAUCCAUGCAGUGGAUAGUGUUAUCCACCUUUUUCAAACUGGGGCCUGGCCCCAGUUUGUUCAAAUGUUGGGGCCAACGGAUAAAUCACUAUCCAGUUUGUUCAAAUGUUUGGAUAGUGCAGUGGAUAGUGUUAUCCACUUUUCAACUAAGUUUGUUCAAAUGUUGGAUAAACUCAAUGGAUAAAUCACCAUCCAGAGGAUAAGUAUAAGGAAACCAAUUGCGCUAUCCAGUGGAUAGAGAUUUAUCCAUGCAGUGGAUAGUGUUAUCCACCUUUUAAACUACUGGGACCUGGCCCCAGUUUGUUCAAAUGUUGGAUAGUGCUACUCAACGGAUAAAUCACCAUCCAGAGGAUAAGUAUAAGGGAAACCAAUUGCGCUAUCCAGUGGAUAGAGAUUUAUCCAUGCAGUGGAUAGUGUUAUCCACCUUUUAAACUACUGGGACCUGGCCCCAGUUUGUUCAAAUGUUGGAUAGUGCUACUCAACGGAUAAAUCACCAUCCAGAGGAUAAGUAUAAGGGAAACCAAUUGCGCUAUCCAGUGGAUAGAGAUUUAUCCAUGCAGUGGAUAGUGUUAUCCACCUUUUAAACUACUGGGACCUGGCCCCAGUUUGUUCAAACAUUGGAUAGUGCUAUCCACUGGAUAAAUCACUAUCCUACGGAUAAGUAUUAGGGAAACCAAUUGCGCUUAAUCCAGUGGAAAGAGAUUUAUCCAUGCAGUGGAUAGUGUUAUCCACCUUUUCAACUACUGGGGCCUGGCCCCAGUUUGUUCAAAUGUUGGAUAGUGCUACUCAAUGGAUAAAUCACUAUCCAGUGGGUAAGUAUAAGGGAAACCAAUUGCGCUAUCCAUUGGAAAGAGAUUUAUCCAUGCAGUGGAUAGUGUUAUCCACCUUUUCAACUACUGGGGCCUGGCCCCAGUUUGUUCAAAUGUUGGAUAGUGCUACUCAACGGAUAAAUCACCAUCCAGAGGAUAAGUAUAAGGGAAACCAAUUGCGCUAUCCAGUGGAUAGAGAUUUAUCCAUGCAGUGGAUAGUGUUAUCCACCUUUUAAACUACUGGGACCUGGCCCCAGUUUGUUCAAAUGUUGGAUAGUGCUACUCAACGGAUAAAUCACCAUCCAGAGGAUAAGUAUAAGGGAAACCAAUAAUCUGCUAUCCAUUGGAUAGAGAUUUAUCCAUGCAGUGGAUAGUGUUAUCCACCUUUUCAACUACUGGGGCCUGGCCCCAGUUUGUUCAAAUGUUGGAUAGUGCUACUCAACGGAUAAAUCACCAUUGUAUAAGGGAAACCAAUUGCGCUAUCCAUUGGAAAGAGAUUUAUCCAUGCAGUGGAUAGUGUUAUCCACCUUUUCAACUACUGGGGCCUGGCCCCAGUUUGUUCAAAUGUUGGAUAGUGCUCCUCAACGGAUAAAUCACUAUCCAGUGGGUAAGUAUAAGGGAAACCAAUUGCGCUAUCCAUUGGAAAGAGAUUUAUCCAUGCAGUGGAUAGUGUUAUCCACCUUUUCAACUACUGGGGCCUGGCCCCAGUUUGUUCAAAUGUUGGAUAGUGCUCCUCAACGGAUAAAUCACUAUCCAGUGGGUAAGUAUAAGGGAAACCAAUUGCGCUAUCCAUUGGAAAGAGAUUUAUCCAUGCAGUGGAUAGUGUUAUCCACCCAACUUGGGGCCUGGCCCCAGUUUGUUCAAAUGUUGGAUAGUGCUACUCAACGGAUAAAUCACCAUCCAGAGGAUAAGUAUAAGGGAAACCAAUUGCGCUAUCCAGUGGAUAGAGAUUUAUCCAUGCAGUGGAUAGUGUUAUCCACCUUUUAAACUACUGGGGCCUGGCCCCGGUUGUUCAAAUGUUGGAUAGCGCUAUCCAGCGGAUAAAUCGCUAUCCAGCGAAUAAAGCAAUUGUUUCCCGUAAUAUGUAUCCACCGGACAGGGAUUUAUCCGGUGGAUAGCGCUAUCCAGCUUUUGAACAAUCUUUGCUUGGUUCUUAGAAGCAUAAGCCUCAGCUACCCUAAUAGAAACACAGUACAGUGACUAAAGUUCAUAUUACUAGUUUACUCUUUUACUUCCCCAAGCUACUACAAUCCUGCCUGAUAUCUUAAACUGUUAACAAAACAUUUUUGCAACCUUUUCUUCCUUAGCAAUCUGAAGGAUUUGUGAAGUCUGUGGUAUUUUCUGCAUCAAACCUUGUUGUCCUCUUGGAAUCAGGCAGGGUCUUUGUGUUUAAUGGAACAACACAAACUUGGGGAAAUCCAUCUGGUGAGUUCUGUUAACUGGUGCUUGUAGGCUUAUUGAGACUAUCCUAAGAAAUAAAAUUUGUAACGAUUGCUGUUGAUGAAACAAUUGACUAUCUUAGAGAUUAAAGUUACGAUCACAUUGUCAUUGCGAUCAACUUUGACAAUACAUUAGUUGCACAAUGAAGACAAAGAAAUCUGCAAAACGUGUGCUGCACGUUCAGUCUUUUCGUUUUCCUUAUAAAAGCUCUUGUUUUUUAUAUUAUUAUUUUCUUUUUUCCAUCGAUCAUCAAUGUCAUGGCAGCUCAAGCUCACUUAUAGCAUUAUCUUAAAAAACAAUUCUUGAAAUGCGACAAUAUGAUUGAAAACGUGCAACAAAAAUGACGUCCUCAGGUACCCAUAGAGAGUCUCCUCACUAGAAGACAGUUUUUCCCCCUUCAACUUUAACUUUUGAGUCUAUGGAUGAAAUCCCCUGGUAUUGCCGUUCAAAUAAAACCUUUAAAGUAGUCAGUCUCACACUGUGCGUUUUAUUAUACUUUACAAACAAGUUCUGAGUUUCGAGUGCAUGGAUGAAAUCCUGUAGUGUGACCAUUCAAAUGAAAUCUCAUCGGCAGUAUGGUUAUAUACUUUCACUUGGUACUAUCAAUUAGCUGUAUAAACACUGGUUCUGAAUACUGAGUUUUUAAACAAAAUCCUGUUAGUGUGACCAUUGCUUGGUAUCAUCAGUCUAGCACUGGGUAAAUACAUUUAUAUUGCCAUGCAAGGUAAUUACUUUUACUAUUUUAUCUCUACGCAGGUUUACCUCAGCGGGGCCUCAACGGAGUGGCAUCACAGAAAAAAUGCUUGGAAGAUUCAAAGAACGUGGUAACACAAUUCUUGUUGUUUUUAAGUGUAGAAGUAACAAGCAAAUUGGUGAUUAGUUUUCUCUUAUUUUACAGAUUAUGACUGGUGUUGUUUUAGGGUGGACAAAUGAG